AUGUCCACUGUACCCUCGUUAUCCAAACCUGCAUCCGUAUUGCCUGGCGCAGUCCUGGAUGCGAACUCCCUACAGAACCUCAGCGAGUUUUUCAUCGACAUUGACCCCGUUCCUCCCGUUGACCCUGAGUCAACCAACGAGAACAACGAAAACGACGAAGGUGGCACGUUCUCCUCAUUAUCCGUGCGUGUUUCUAAGUAUAUCGCAUUCGAGUAUGCUAAGUCACUUUCACAGGCCCAUAUCCAAGCGUGGGUAGACGUCCGUCGCCAGCGUUGGCUGGAGGAGUUGAUUCGGAUGGAUGGGAUACAGCUUUCGGCCCCGUGCCAAUGCGGCAUGCAAGAGGGAGUUUUGCGCUGCCGCGAGUGCUUAAACGGUGACCUACUGUGCUCGGGAUGCAUGGUCGCCACUCACCAGAAUCUCCCGCUGCAUCAUAUUGAGAAAUGGACAGGGACUCACUUCGAGCGGGCUUGGCUUCGAGAUCAUGGACUGGUCGUCCAACUCGGCCAUCGCCCCGGAGAAACGUGUUCCUCACCCAUCCCGGCUCAUUCCAAGUUUACCGUGGUGCAUUCAAAUGGGCCGCACGUUGUCAAACUCCUCUUUUGCGGCUGCACAGCCGUCGACCAAGACAUCCAGCUGUUGCGCACGAAAUGGAUGCCAGCAACGUGGCAGUCUCCUCGCACCGCCAUCACGUUCGAUUACCUCAAGACUUUUCAUCUCUUAUCUUUGACUGCGAAGACGUCGCUUUGGGACUACUAUCAGGUAGUCCAGUUCAAGGGAGACAACGCCGGUCUACACCCCAUGAAGUAUUAUCGUCCCGCCGUUUCGUUCGCAACCCGGGUAUGGCGGCACUUGAAGAGCUUGCACUGGGGAGGGAGCGUUUACAUCCCACUUCCUGAAGGUGUACGGUCCACGCCACGCGGUGCGCUCACCGUAGCAUGCCCGCCGUGUCCCCAUCCUGGAAUCAACUUGCCGCCUGACUGGGACAAGAAGCCGCCGGAUCAAAUUUGGCUUUAUGCGCUCUUUCUCGCUAUCGACGCGAACUUCAAGCUCAAAUUGAAGGAUCGCAGUAUACAAGACGUGCGUUUCGGAUCCGGGUGGUCAUAUUUUGUGGACUCGGAAGAAUACCUCAAACAUGUCGGGAAAGCGACCGAUGCGCAGGAGGUGUCACAAUGCGGCAGUCACCACAACGCCGUUCAGCAGGCAUUGACUCGCGGUAAUUCGAAGACCAUUGCGACAGGUAUUGCCGGCGUCAUCUGCUCACGCCAUGCGAUGAUACUACCGAAUGGUGUCGGGGAUCUCCAAAAAGGGGAACGUUACGCAAAUAUCGAUUUCAUUCUCGCGUCCGUUAUCGCUCUCGUUGGGAAAGACAUACAAACCGUGAACAUUUUGUAUGACAUCAUGUGUGCCUAUAGCGUCAACAUGCGCGCCCGCUUUGCAUUACUUCCAUUACUACUCAUUAUCCCCUGGUUCUUGGUCAUUCGGGCCUUCAUUCCCAAGCUUCAUAUCUACGAUCACGGCCUCGCUUGUCAAACCAAAUUCUCGCUCAAUGUCAACAGGGGCGUUGCGCGGACCCACGGCGAGACGAUCGAGCAAAUCUGGGCAUACCUCGGAAUUGCGGCUACAAGCACCCGGGAGAUGGGCCCAGGACUUCGAGAAAUGGUCCUCACCGACAUGAUGGGUGGCAGCAAUUUCCGUAAGCGGGUGAAUCUUGGUCACCACUUCGCGACCCAUCUACCGGAGGCUGUCCAGCUCCGUGAUGCUUACCAGGAGCUUGCCGACGACUUCUCUGCAACGUUUCCAUCCGAGGUUGUUGCGAAAUGGCGCGCGAUGGUUGUUGCGUGGCAACGUGAUCACUCCCAGCCGGACCCGUUCGCCGAGCCAGAGAAAGCUAAUAAUAUGGAUGCAUUGCGUGAGGAACUGCUGACAGAAGAGGCUGCGAUACCGGUCAACCCUCUCCAGAAGGUUUCGGCCUCGGAGUUCAUCAAGAUGGGCCUGGACCUGGAAGAGAAGCAACGAGGAAUACGCGUGCGCGUUGCUACGACAUCGCAACGCACUGCCUCUCAACGAAUCUCCGUCCAGCAAUUGCAAACUUCCCUCAGGCACGGCCUCAAUCAAUUCUUCAAGGUUCAGGCGACCUACAUGCCGACAUGCCGAAACGUUCGCGACGUGUUGGAUGGCGACAAUGCCAGCCAGUCAGAGGACAACGGCACACUCGCGGACCACCUCCCUGAGAAUGUACCGCUUCUCCUGCCUUCUUCCAUCAAAGCCGAGGUUCGGAAGGCCGUUUGUCUUUCGGACAUCAUCAAUAUCGAACGUCGGAUGCGAAUCGCCCAAGCCGAAGACGCCCUCGCGGAUCUUCGGCGACUUCGUCGCGUGUAUCAAGGACUGCACGCCCGACUGCGCAAGAACGUUUACGGUGUCGGACAGUCAACAAACACCCGUUCGCGCGCUAUCCUCAAUGCGUUCCUUGACAAGAUCAAGACUCAGAAGAACAGGUAUCGCGCCGCUUUCAACGCGCUAUCCUCGCUGGAUCCCGGAGGGCCUUGGACGUCGUACCUGAAGGAGUUGAAGGAUGCGGAUGUUAGUGGUCCCGGCAAGGAUGAAGAGGACGAGAUCGAAGAGCGCGUUCGGGGGCAGCAACAGUACAUGAAGUCUUGGAUCUGGACGACCCCAGUGCCAAACACCCGCCCUGUUUCCGCGGAAUCGAUGUCCGAAACCGAGUUGAACGAGCAAAUUCGCGCGGAAUGGGCGAAGACUGACGCGCGCGCUGCGCGAUGGUCCGAAGAAGUCGAGCUGCUCGUCGAGGAGAUGCGACGAACUUUAGUUUGGUUGGACUGGAAGGCGGAUUGGUGGUUAACGCAGCCGGCACGUCGUGAGGAUGUAUCAUCUGAUGUCAAGGCUGGCCUAGACGGGUGCGCUAACAAACAAGCUGCCAUCCUCCGACAACAGCUGCGCAACUUCGCAUCAACAUGGGUCCCGACGCUUUUGGAACUCAAUCUGGGCAGGGAUUGGGUUGGGCCCUAC